AUGGCUGCAACACAAAAGGAGUUGUUCGAUUUUCUCAAAACUCUCACUGACAAGAUGUCAGAAAAACUUCAGGAAAAGGGAAAAGGUAAAGAACCUGCUUCAAGUGACGAUACAAAAGUCAUUCCAAUGCAUACAAUCGACGAUGAUGAAUUCCAGAAGGCUGCAGAGAAAACGUCAUCAGGAGAGCCUGCCAAUUUCAUCACUCGGCAAAAAUUUUUAAACCCCAAUUCAAUGUUUUUUAUUAGGAAUCAACAAAUAGUUGAAAAUGCCGCACAUGAAAAUGAUGCUACAACUGAUAACGGUAUGAAUGAGGGGAAUGAGAAUGAUGAUGUUGCUGAUAAUGGCAUGAAUGAGAUGAAUGUGAGUGAUGGGGCUGCUGGUAAUGGUAUUGAUCAGGGGAAUGGGAAUGUUAAUGUUGGUGUUGUUGAUAAUGGUGUUAAUGACAAUGAGAAUUACAGAAGUGUUGCUAAUGAUAUGAAUGAUCUUAAUGGGAAUGAUGGUGUUUGUUACCUGAACAUUGAGAAUGAAGGUGCUGAGUUAAGAGAUAGAGACAUGUUUGAUCCAGGCAAUUGGAACACAAUUGAUAAAAACUUGUUGAGUUUUUAG